AUGUCCUCCUCCAACCCAAACUUCCCCCCAGCCCCUUACGAAUCCGGCACGCACAUCGCACCCCCUCCGCGCCCCCCAUCCCCUGCCACCGCCGGCUACAGCCUAAACCACUUCAUGAUGCGCAUCAAGGACCCGAAAAAGACGCUACGGUUCUACUGCGAUUGCCUCGGCAUGCACGUCGUCUUCAUAUUCAACGCCGGACCAUGGAUCAUAUAUUAUCUCGGCGGACGAGACGUGAACAUGCAAAACAUCCGCCAAAAACAAGGCCUCCUAGAACUCUACCACAUCCCUGCUGACGCCUCGACUCCUUACGUCUCUGGUAACGACUAUUCCGCCCCCGGCGUUGGCUUCGGCCAUAUAGGCUUCACAGUUCCUAAUGUGGAUGAGGCGACGAAGCGUGUGCAGGAGUUUGGGUUCGAAGUUAUUAAGCCCUUGGACCAGGCGCGGGAGGACCAGAUGGCGCUUCCCGACGAGGUGGUGCAGGGGAAGUGGGGAGAGGUGGUGGAGGGGUACAAGCAUGUGUUUAGGCAGCUGACGUUUGUAAAGGAUCCCGAUGGUUAUUGGGUUGAACUUAUUCCGCCAAAGUUCAAAGCGCUAGGUGAAGAGUAAAGAAGCGCGAGCGUUGGCCAAGAGAGAAGGACUUGUAUAUUCAUGCGUGGCGCUACAGAAGAUAUCCCAUUUGCAUCAACCCAGACUAGCGACAAAGCCUGAGGAGUAUAGGAGUCUUUCAAAAGAAAGAGCCAAACUUAAGCGGCUUUGGAAUACCAUCAUCACGUACGCUACCAGCACAUUUAACAUCGUCUACCGCUCUA